UCCUCCAACCUUUUGCACCCAAUUGAGCCAUUGAAUCGACAAUUUUAACUAACAGAGUCCUUUGACCAACGUUAACCAUUUAAAACUAACAAUAAUAUUGACAUGGCCAUUAACAAAUGCCAUGUCAGCCAACAAAUGUAGACGUGACGAUCCACAUCAACGUUGAUUGCCGAUGGUCCAGUGCCAUGUUAACAAAAAAAUUUAAGUACAUAAUUAACCGAAAAUUAUAUUUUUUUAUUUUUGGUUAAAAUUAACCGAAUUAACCGAAUUACCCGAAUUAACCGAAUUAACCAAAUUGAAUCACUACAUAAUUAAAUUAUUUUUAGACUUUUAGACUUUAGUUUUAGUCUUAGUUUUAAAAUUUUAUUUUUAUUUAUUAAAUUAUUUGUAAUUUAAUUUUAUGAUUGGGUUGGGUUGGGUAAUUGGGUUGAGUUGAAUACUUGGGUUUAGAUUGGGUUUAGGUGAAUAGUGGGCUUAUUUAUAUAUUAUAAUUUUUUCGGUUAACCAAAAAAAUUCGGUUAACCGACCGGUUUCGAACCGAAUUAACCGUUAACCGAAAAAUCAAAAAAUAAUUAACCGACCCCAGACCGAAAAAAUUCGAUUAACCGACCGAUUAACCGAAUUCGGUCGGUUAACCGAAUUUUUUCGGUUUUAACCGAAUUUUGCACACCCCUAAUGCCAAUGGCUAUUUUUUCUUCCUCAACCCCAAUUCUUAAAUGCCCAAAUUUGGAACGCUAUUUUUUCUUUCUCUGCAGAACUUUUCUUAAUCCACAAGCUUUAGCUGCUCUAUGCGAUUCCAUCACGGAUCCAAAGGGCUCGAGGCUCCGCGAAUUAGGGUGCACAUGGUUUCAUGAGGACACAUAAAUGGCGUCAUUCCAUAGGAGUUUUUAUAAAUGUGGAAGCAUCUGGAACAGGAGGUCUUGAUCUAGUCUGCCAAUCUGGACCUGGUUCUUGGCCUUCUUCCGUCUAUGCUCAAUCAGCAAUUUAUCCCAUGGCACAUAGUGCAGCCCAGGUUUUACUAGCUAUUUAUUAUCUGGAAAAGGGGGGAUCUGUUUUUGUGGCGGCACAUACAUCUGCUGGAAAGACAGUUGUAGCAGAAUAUGCAUUUGCUUUGGCAUCAAAAUUACCAUUGCACUAGAGCUGUGUAUACUGCUCCAAUUAAAACAAUCAGCAACCAGAAGUAUAGAGAUUUCUGUGGGAAGUUUGAUGUUGGCCUUCUCACAGGUGAUGUUAGUUUGAGACCAGAGGCUUCUUGUCUCAUCAUGACAACUGAAUUAUUAAGGUCAAUGCUUUAUCGAGGUGCAGAUAUUAUUCGCGUUAUUGAAUGGGUGAAGGGGUUGCUUUUGGUAGCAUUACUUUACAUAGUAGUUUCAUUACUUCUGCUGAACGCUCUUGUUAGUUCUUUUCUCUAAUUUGUGAACAUGAUAUUUAAGAUGUUUCUUUCUAUUGUGACUAUAUGAAUGUAGGUUAUAUUUUGAUGAGGUGCACUAUGUGAAUGAUGUUGAAAGAUGAGGUGCACAUUUAUUA